AUGAACAAAGAACAGCAAAAAAAAUUUUGUGAAAAGGAGGUUGAAUUGCCGUCCGAAUAUCGAUUGGACGAUGUGCGUCCAGAUUCGGAUGACAUUGGCGGACGGCACAGGAUAUGGUACGAAUGUUGGCCUUGCAUGGCUCUUCGUCGCGGGGAUGAAUUGAUAGAUAUUGUUUGCGUUAACAGUGACGGGGGUUAUUGGCAUUCAGAUCUUCCAAAGUUAUCUGAAUUAUCAAAAGAGGUCAGAAAAGCAGUCACAUCAGCCAUUUUUAUUCGAAUUUGGCAAAAAUGGAUCAGCGAACAAUUGUGUCCAUUGCAACGAAUUUAUGUGAAAAAGGAAAAGGGGAUCAAUUAUUACAGCCGAUCCGAAUCUUGGACCCGUCUUGAGGAUGCAGACCGCAAACCGAUUAUAGUGGAUAAUAUCCGUCGUUAA